AUGUCGCCGACAGGACCUGCAAAUGAAAAUGUGACGAGCCAGGAGGACACCAAGAAAACUGAAGUUACGUCAAAUACAAAGACUCGCGAGCCCAAACUGCUUUUUGCUGUCGCCAAGAAUGUGGUAAAUGCAUCGAACGCUACUCGCUCCAAGAAGCAGUCUGCUAGCAGUGUCAAAAGCCCCGUGAGCUCGGCUGGGGAAGGCAAUUCCAGUAUGCGCACCAUGUUCGGAAUAGUUAAGCGAGCACAAGCCAGCAAACCAGAGCUGCUGCAAUCAUCGCUUCAAAAAUCACAAGCGUCGGAUGAUAGUCGUGCAGUAAGGCAACAGCCAAGUGGACAACAAAACAAGGAGGUGGAGUCUGAAUCAAGGCACUCGUCGGCGUCUGUCGACCCUGAGAGUGGCGCGAGCUUAGCAACCGAAGCACACCCCUUGGUGGACGACGUUAGAGAAAUAUUGGAGAAACUUUUGGCUCAGCUGGACAGCGUGGACCCGCGCAAGCUGCUUGCAGUACGACUGGGUGGGGAGCUUCGAGGCUUGCUAGGCAAAGCACAAGAUGAGUUCGCGGCGUACGAGGCCGAGUUCGUGGAGCACGCUUCGAAUGAAGGUGUUUCUGUCGCACUACAGAACUUUUCAGCAUCAUUGGCACAGGUAUCUGCAAUUGCUGAGCGUCUGCGCGCCGCAAAAUUCUUGCUCAAUCGGACAUUCAAGCGCGAGCAAGCUGCGGACCUUGGUUGCGCCGUGGCAAUGACUUGCUUGGGACAAAUGUACUUCGCUGGAAAUGGAACGGAGAAAGACCUGCUCGUGGCAGGAAAAUGGUAUGAGCUUGCGUCCUCUGUUGGGGAUCUCGAGGCUUGUCAUCAACUGGGUCUGCUAAUGUGCGAAAAAGCUGCACACUCGAAAGACGCACGACAAUCGGAUGAAUUUCUCGCCCUUGCUCGAGUUCGCUUUUCCCAAGCUGCGGAGCAAGGUCACCGAGACGCUCAAUUCGAGCUAGGGAUGUUUUAUGAACACGGACGCGGUGGAUGCGAACCAAAUGACAUGGAAGCAGCCACUUGGUACGCCAAAGCUGCUGACCAGGGUCAUACGGGAGCCGAGGCGAGUCUCGGACGUCUCUUUCUUGUGGGAACGCAUGUUCAGCAAGAUGUGGUCAAAGCUGUUCAUUUCCUUCAGCGCGCAGCAGUCAAGGCUGCAGAUGCAGGUAGCAGCGUAGCCAUGACACGCCUCGCAAGCUUGCUGCUUCUCGAUACACCUCAGACGAGCGAUGUAGCAGCGGCCUUGACUUCAACAUCAUCUUCAGCUCAAUUUCGAGAUCGGGAAGAGUCCCAUGAUGAAGCACUUCGCUUGCUGCUAAGCGCUGGGAACGGAGGGCACACAGACGCUUACUACGCCCUCGGUAAAUUGCUGGAGACAUCUUCGCUUCUUCGAGAUCAAGGCGCUGCCCUUCGCUUCUAUUCCAAAGCUGCCACGGCAACUACGCCCCAUGCUAAGGCAGCGAAGCGUGUCGCCACCAUGUACUACUCGGGUAUUGGCUGCACGCCAGAUAAAUCGAAGGCACAUCGCUUUUACAGCAUCGCGGCAAACACUGGUGAUCCCGAAGCCUUGAACGCUUUAGGGUUGAUGUACGAAGAAGGUGAAGGAUGCGACUUAAAUUUCCUGAAAGCUGCUGAAUGCUACCGCCGCGCCGCAGAUCUCAACAGCCCGCAUGCACAUUUCAACUUAGGGUGUCUGUUGUCGCAUGGCAAAGGCGUCCCACGAAAUGCAGACGCUGCACAAGCGCACUUCCGCAAGGCCACGGACCUUGGCUACUCCUUGGCUCAGCAGUUCGUGCUCGAUGAAGCUACGUGA